CCAAGUGCACUGCACAUCAGACGCAAACAUGUCGCGUGCCUUGACAUCAACCACAAUGAAGACUCUCCGGUCACCCUUACGCAUCGCAUCGACUUUCCGCACACCCUUCUGCUCACCGCCGCCUCCACCGCAUCAUGCCCUUCCAACAUUGUCGCAACCCCAAACACAAACCCGCCAAUCCUCCCACUCCCCCCUCGGGACCCCUCCGCCCUCUAACCGCAAACCAAAAACCCUCACCACAAUCCAAUCCCUCUACCGCCGCAAAGAACCAAUCACCAUGAUAACCGCGCACGACUUCCCCUCGGCCCACGUCGCCGACCACGCAGACAUGGACAUGAUCCUCGUAGGCGACAGCCUCGCCAUGGUCGCGCUAGGCAUGUCGGACACGAGCGAAGUGCUGCUGGAAGAAAUGCUGCUCCACUGCCGCAGCGUAAGCCGCGCCACGCACUCUGCCUUCACCGUCGGCGACCUCCCCAUGGGAACCUACGAGAUCGCGCCCGAGCAGGCCCUCGAAAGCGCCAUCCGCGUCGUCAAAGAAGGCCGCGUCAAAUCCGUCAAGCUCGAGGGCGGCGCCGAAAUGGCGCCCACUAUCGCCAAAAUCACCACCGCGGGGAUCCCCGUCCUGGGACACAUUGGCUUGACGCCCCAGCGCCAGAACGCCCUCGGCGGGUUCCGCGUCCAGGGUAAAUCCGCUGCGUCGGCGCUCAAACUCGUCCACGAUGCGCGCGCCGUCCAGGCCGCAGGCGCUUUCGCAAUCGUCCUUGAAGCCGUCCCCGCUGAGGUCGCAAAAAUCGUCACCGAUGCGCUUUCUAUUCCUACUAUUGGCAUCGGCGCUGGCAGCGGCUGUUCCGGGCAGGUCCUCGUUCAGAUCGAUAUGCUUGGCAAUUUCCCGCCUGGACGGUUUCUGCCAAAGUUUGUGAAGCAGUAUGGGAAUGUUUGGGAGGAGAGUCUGAGGGCGGUUAGGGAGUAUGGCAAAGAGGUCAAGAGUAGGGCGUAUCCGGCCGUAGAGCAUACUUAUCCCAUGGCUAUGUCGAGGGAGGAGUUUGAGGAGUUUGAGAGGGUGGUUGCGAAAGGGAUUGAGAGCGGGGAGUAA